AUGUUCGCCAACUUUGGAUCUGGAAUCCGUUUACGAACUACUGGAAGCAACCCCUUCUUCUCCAUUUUCAAAUCUCCACAGAACCCGCCACCCGUCGUCAUCAAUCUUCCUCAAACCCUAACCCUAGCAAUGGCGACUCUCUCUGCUCCUGAUAAUCGAAGACCCACAUGCCCAUCUUGUUCAAGACCAACUAGCUUCUGCCUCUGCACUCGAAUUAAAACCCCAAUUCUUGAAAACUCCAUAGCCGUCACAGUUCUCCAACACAGCGUGGAGAAGAAACACCCACUCAAUUCAGCUAAAAUAGCAAAACUAGGUCUGAAGAACAUCGAUGUAAUUUGUGUUUCAGAUGUUCUUUCUGAAGCCCACUUUGAUUUACACUUUUCCGAAUCUAAUCCUGAAAUGGGUCCUCGUAAUUCAGUCGAAAACAGCAAAAAGAUUGAACAUUUAUCACCUGCUGAUAUCAGUUUCACUAUUGAGAAAAAAGGUGCCAUCACAUCUCUUGUGAAUAAUUGGGAUCAAAACCAAGAUUUUAAUCAGCUUUUGGUUGCGAUUGAUGGAGUAAGAAAUGGGUUUACUGUGAAAAAGACGCAGAGAGGGAGUGAUCACAAAUACAUGGAAGAAUUUCUAAUUGAAGUUCCUCCAGGAUCAUUGCUUCUUUUCCCAAGUGAGAAUUCGAUUGGGAUAGAAGAUGUUAAUUUCAGUGUCAAGAAUUUGAUUGUAUUAGAUGGAACAUGGUCUAAAGCCACAAAGAUGUACAAUGAAAAUCCAUGGUUGAAACUGUUGCCACAUUUGAAGUUGGAUAUUGAUGAGCUGAGUUUGUAUGGUGAAGUGAGGCGACAACCAAAAGCUGGAUGUUUGUCAUCGAUUGAGAGCAUUGUUUAUGCGCUCAAAGAACUUGGGGGAGAAGAUCUUGAAGGUUUGGAUUGUUUGUUGGAUGUUUUUGAGUCAAUGGUUGUAGAUCAGAGGAGAUGCAAGGAUGAAAAGAUUGAAGUUUGA